UAUCUUUCUGCACUUGCAUUUUUGCCCUCGGCAGAAAUUCCAUCAGCAUUUGACCAUAUUAAGGCUAUUUUGUCUCCUAGUACAAACAGUAUUGUUAAAUACUUUGAAGAAACUUAUAUUUGUGAGAGACUUGUUGAAGCAGGAAGAGCACAUGUUGGCGUAUAUACUAUCAUUAAAGAAAUGUACAAGAAGCAAAAUAAAACUAAAUUGCAAAUUGAAAGUUUACUUUGUGAAGAAUCUGAACCCUCCCAAUCUAAACAUAGCAUUGAUAAUGAAAAGCAAAUUUUAACAUUCUAA